AUGGAUUAUGAUUCGAUUAUCUUCCGAGAAUUUACACAUGAAUCAAUUGAACGUAUAAAACAUUAUCGAGAAGAAGAAGCUGAACGUGUUGCUUGUCAACAAUUAGAAGAACAAUCAAUACAUAAAGAUAAUAAUGUUCAACGUCAUCGAAGAAAUAAAUUAUCAAAAGAUGAACAAAUUGAACAAAAACGAAUACCUAAUAAAGAUUUGGCUGUUGGACAAGAAUUACCAAGAAUUUUAAAACAUAAAUUUCCACAAGAACUUAUUGGAAAACCAAUUGAAGAAAUCGAUAAUUAUUAUCGAACGGAAAAUGUAUUUGUUGUUAUUAAUAAAAAUCAUACAAUAUUUCGAUUUAGUUCAACAUCAGCUUGUUUUCUAUUAUCUCCAUUUAAUUUAAUUCGACGUUUAGCUAUACAUAUAUUAACACAUUCUAUUUUUACUACAUUAGUUAUGCUUACAAUUAUAACUAAUUGUAUAUUUAUGACAUUUAAAAAUGUACCAGAAACAGUUGAAUAUGUAUUUACAGGAAUUUAUACAUUUGAAGCAUUAACUAAAUGUCUUGCACGAGGAUUUAUUCUUGAAAAAUAUACAUUUUUACGUGAUCCAUGGAAUUGGUUGGAUUUUACUGUAAUUACAAUUGCUUAUGUUGCAUUUUUUGUUAAUUUGGGAAAAGUUGCUGUACUAAGAACAUUUCGUGUAUUAAGAGCAUUAAAAACUGUUGCAGUUGUACCUGGUUUAAAAACAAUUGUUAGUUCAUUAAUCCAAUCAUUUAUGUCUUUAAGAGAUGUUGCUAUUUUAUCAGCUUUUAUUCUUUCCAUAUUUGCUUUGAUUGGAAUCCAACUUUAUAUGGGUGUUCUUCGACAAAAAUGUGUGCCUACUUAUGAAUCUUUUAUAAAUAAUUCGAAUUUGUCGUCAAAUAUUUCAUUUAAUAUCUCAUAUAAUUUCUAUUUAAAACAAAUGGAUAAUCAAACUUAUUGGUAUGAAAAAGAUGAUAUAUAUUUACUUUGUGGUAAUGCAAGUGGAAGUACAAAAUGUCCGAAUGGUUAUGUUUGCUGGAAAGAUCGAGGUGAAAGUCCAGAUUUUGGAUAUACAAGUUUUGAUAAUUAUGGUUGGGCAAUGCUUUCAUGUUUUCGAUUAAUGACACAAGAUUAUUGGGAAAAUCUUUAUCAAAUAGUUUUAUCAGCAGCUGGCCGUUAUCAUUUUUUCUAUUUUCUUUCUGUUAUAUUUUUUGGAUCAUUUUAUUUAGUAAAUUUAAUCUUAGCUAUUGUUUCUCGAUCUUAUCUUGAUCAACAAAGUAAAGAUGAAGCUGAAAAUGAAGAAAAUGAAAAACAUAAAACUGAAGAUGAACUUCAAUUAAAAAAUGAACAAGAUCAAAUAUGUUUAGAUAUUCAAAAUGAAAAUGAAAAUAAAAUUCAAUUAAAUUCAAUGGAAUUAUCAUCAUUAAUAUUUCAAAGUGGCAACGAGAAUGUAAAUUUAAUUUUAACAAAUGAAGAAAUAAACAAAUCUUCUUAUUUAUCUCAACAAAAUUCAAAUUUAACAUUAUAUCAUGUCGAACCUGCUUUGAUGACUGAAAUAUUAUCUUCUCAACAAUUACAUAGAACAAAUAUGAAUACAACAAAUACAUUUGGUCAAAGAUUAACUAAAACUCUAAAAAUGUAUUGUUGCGAAUGGACUUGUCAAUCAGAGAUAUUUAAAAAAUUUCAAAAUGUUGUUAGUUUUAUCAUAUUGGAUGCAUUUGUUGAUUUAUUUAUUACAAUAUGUAUAAUAUUAAAUACAUUAUGUAUGGCAGUUGAUCAUCCUGGUCAAAGUGAGAAAAUGACUCGUAUAUUAAUAACAAGCAAUUAUAUUUUUACAAGUAUAUUUACAUGUGAAUCAGUAUUAAAAAUCAUUGCAUUAACACCAAUAAAAUUUUUAAAAAAUCCUUGGAAUUCAUUUGAUUUAUUAAUUGUUACAGUUAGUCUUAUUGAAUUAGGUCUUUCAGGUAUAAAAGGUUUAAGUGUAUUACGUUCAUUUCGAUUAUUACGUGUAUUUAAAUUGGCAAAAUCUUGGCAAACAUUAAAUCGUCUUAUGACAAUUAUUGGAAGAUCAUUAGGAGCUUUAGCAAAUAUAACAUUAGUUCUUAGUAUAAUCGUAUUUAUUUUUGCUGUUAUGGGAAUGCAGUUAUUUGGUCAAAAAUAUUUGGAUAAAUUUGGUAAAGAUUUACCACGAUGGCAUUUUUAUGAUUUUUUUCAUGCAUUUAUGAUUGUAUUUCGUGUAUUAUGUGGUGAAUGGAUUGAAUCAAUGUGGAUAUGUCUUGAAUGUGCUGGAUGGCCAUGUAUUCCAUUUUUUCUAUUUACUUAUUUCAUUGGAAAUCUUGUCAUUUUAAAUUUAUUUUUGGCUCUUUUACUUGCAUCAUUUGGUUCAAAUGCGUUAAAUGACAAAGAUGAUGAUGAAAAUAAAAUUGCUGAAGCAAUUGAGAGAAUUCAACGAUUUUAUCAUUUUAUUAAACAAUUUCUUUCUCAUUCAUUUCAUCGAAAAAAACAACGAGAGCAAAAGAUUAAUACUAUCAAUGAAAUCGAUGAUAAUUCUCUUUGUGGUAGACAAGAUUUAGCUGGUAAUCUUCCUUUAUUAACAUCAUAUAAAUUAGAAGAAUUGAAUGAUUUAACUACUGAUCUAUCAAUAAGACAAGAAGAUAUUGAAAUGGAACAAUUAAAUAAUAAUAAUUGUGAAACAUCUCGUCCAACACAUGAAAUUGUUAAUGUUCCAUCAGAUUGUUGUCCAAUAAUAAUAUCAAAACAAUUUUCUUAUUGUAAUAAAUGUAUUCCAAAAUUAAUUGUAAAACAAUGGUUAUAUAUUCGUCAUUUAUCUUAUUGUCUUGUUGAACAUCGUUAUUUUGAAUUAUUUAUUAUUUUUAUGAUAUUAAUUAGUUGUACAACUUUAGCUUUAGAAGAUAUUCAUACACGAGAAGAUCCAUUAUUUUCGAAAGUUUUAUUAAUAUUUGAUAAGAUCUUUACAAUAGUCUUUACAUUUGAAUUAAUAAUAAAAUGGUUUGCAUAUGGAAUACGAGAUUAUUUUAAAACUGGUUGGAAUCGAUUAGAUUUUUUUAUUGUUUUUAUAAGUAUUUUUGGAAAUCUUCUUGAUUGGUUUGAUAUAGCAAAUAUUCCUGCAUUUAAAUCAAUGAGAACAUUAAGAGCUUUACGUCCAUUAAGAAUAUUAUCAAGAUUUGAAGCAAUUAAAAUUGUUGUUGAUGCAUUAUUUGGUGCAAUUCCAGCAAUAUUUAAUGUUUUACUUGUUUGUCUUAUAUUUUGGUUAAUAUUUUCAAUAAUGGGUGUACAAUUAUUUGGUGGAAAAUUUUUUAAAUGUGUUUAUUUUAAUACACAUCAACGUGUUAAUUUAACGGAAAAUAUAACAAAUAAAAUUGAUUGUUUAAAUAAAAAUUUUACAUGGGAAAAUUCAAGAAUUAAUUUUGAUAAUGUUCUUAUUGGUUAUUUAGCUUUAUUUCAAGUUGCAACUUUCAAAGGUUGGACUGAAAUAAUGGCUGAUGCAACUGAUGCCAAAGAAUUACAAGGUGGUGCCAUUGAAAUGUUUAUGACAGAAGAUCAAAAAAAAUAUUAUAAUGCUAUGAAAAAAUUGGGUAAUAAAAAACCAACAAAAGCAUUACCAAGACCAAGAUUUGCUUUUGGCCGAUUUCUAUUUGAUGUAACAACAAAUCAAAAAUUUGAUAUCUUUAUAAUGAUUUGUAUUUUUCUUAAUAUGGUUUCUAUGUGUCUUGAACAUUAUAAUCAAAGUCAAACUUUUACUCGCAUUCUUGGAUAUUUUAAUCAUUCUUUUGUUAUAUUAUUUACAAUUGAAUGUUUAAUGAAAUUAAUAGCAUUAAAUUUAAAAUAUUUUACUAUUCCAUGGAAUGUAUUUGAUUUUAUUAUUGUAACUGCAUCAAUUCUUGAACAAACAUUAGGAGAAAUCAUGACCCAAUUUGUUGUUAAUCCAACAUUAUUACGUGUUUUUCGUGUUGCACGUGUUGGAAGAAUUUUACGUCUUGUAAAAGGAGCAAAAGGUAUUCGAACAUUAUUAUUUUCUUUAACAGUUUCAAUGCCAGCUUUAUUUAAUAUUGGUCUUCUUCUAUUUCUAAUAAUGUUUAUUUAUUCAAUUUUUGGAAUGUCAUUUUUUGGUUAUGUAAGAAAAUCAGCUGGUAUAACAGAUUUAUUUAAUUUCGAAACAUUUCCUAAUUCAAUGAUUGUACUUUUUCAAAUGUGUACUACUGCUGGUUGGUCUGGAGUAUUUCAAGCAUUAACAAAUGAUCAACAACCAGAUUGUGAUCCAACUAUUAAAUCACCAUCAAAUAAUGGAGAUUGUGGUAAUUUUGCUAUUGCAACACCAUUUCUUGUUACUUUUGUAAUAAUUACUUCUCUUGUUGUCAUCAAUAUGUAUAUUGCAGUUAUAUUAGAAAAUUUUUCUCAAGCACAAGAAGAUGUUGAACAAGGUUUAACUGAUGAUGAUUAUGAUAUGUAUUAUGAAAAAUGGCAAGUUUUCGAUCCAUCUGGUUCGCAAUUUAUUCGAUAUGAUCAAUUAUCAGAUUUUGUUGAUGGUUUAGAAGCGCCAUUACGUGUUUCAAAACCAAAUAAAUUAUUAUUUGUUGUUAUGAAUUUACCAAUAUGUGAAAAUGAUCGUAUGCAUUGUGUUGAUAUACUUGAUGCUCUUACAAAGAAUUUUCUUGGUAAACCUGAUCUAUUAGGAGAAAAUAGUUUAGGUGCUGAGCCACCAAUUGAUAUAAAAAAAGAUCGUCCAAAAGAUUAUCAUCCUGUAACAACAACAUUACAACGUCAACGUGAAAUUUAUUUAAGUCGAUUAGGUUUAAAUGGUUUUAGAACUAACCUUCAACGAUCUCGAAAUCAACAACGAAUACUUGAAAAAUCUACAAUUUCACAAACUGAUUAA